UGUGCCGUACCGUGACGGUGCCGCGCCGUGCCGUGACGUCCAACACUCGACGUACCAGACACAGUGUGAGCCCAACUGUUGAAUACUAGUGCGCGUACCGUGGGUUGUAUGUCUGGAGUCGGUGAAAUUUAGGCAACUGGGCAUGAUUGAAGACGAGUUGUUGAUUGAGCUGGUGAAGGCUCACCCCUUCCUGUACGACCCGAACGAUCCCGACUACCACGACAAUAGGCGGAGGGAGAGAACAUGGUAUGAGAUAUCAGAAAACUUGGAGUCCUUCACAGCCGCUGAUUGCCGCAGACGCUGGAUUCAACUGAGGGACAGUUACCGAAAGACCUUACAGAAGAAGAUCAGAACCCCGGGAGAAGGAAGUAAACGCCCAUGGAAGUACGAAACAAUCAUGAAAUUCAUCCUGCCUCACAUGAUAGAAAGAAAGCGAUUGCCCAAUCCGGACCAUGAGUCUGAUGAGAGCGUCGAUUCAGCCAGCCAACAGCAAAUCCUGGAGGAUGGCGUCCUGUUGGUGGAGGAGAGUUUGGAGGAAUCACAGGAUGUAAAGUACCAACCUGAAGUUCCUCUCCACGAUGACACCAGAACUCCCCGACUGAAGGUGGAUCUUUCCAGAGAUCGUUCCCGAUCGCCUGUGGAAGGUUCUAAGGCUAAGAACUCGACAAAACCCGCCAAACGAAAUUCCUUAUCAACCAUUCUACAAAGAUACGUACAUUCCAAAACGAACAGAAGAGAUGAAUCGGACCUGGUGGAUGAUGAUGCCUUAUCGAGUUUCUUCAAAGCAAUGGAAAAAACAGUUCGCAAUUUUUCUGCCCCGAUGCAGAUUGAAGUGAAGGGGAAAAUUGCAAACCUUGUUAAUGAGUACGAACUGAAGGAUUAUAACACUAAAGAUAAAACACCUUCAACUUCAACUCCCAGUCAUCCAACUCAAUAGUUUUUCAUUGUUUUGCUAACAGUCAUAAACUAUAUUGAGAAGACGAUCUCAAAAACUAUAUCUAUUACUAAGGCGUGGCAAAACCUCGAUUUUCGCGCUGCAACCCGUUGAGUGUUUGGAGUCCCUUAAGUCCUUACGAAAAUGUGUGAUAUUUAUUUAAACUCAUUCAUAAUGUAAAUUUGUAUAAAUAAAACUUGUAAUUCUUGUUAA